CAAUACCCAUUGUCUUGGCCAGAACAAUUUAACCACCACUUAAAAAGCUGAAUCACGGAAAGUAUAUCAUAAGUAGAAAGAUCAUUGUUAGAUCGAAACUGGUACUCAGCCAUGAGAGUAUAAAACAGAUACUCAAUAUACAACUGAUCAGAGCCUGUUCAUUGAAUGGCAUUCGCGGUUUUAACUGAAUAAAAGGUUUGAGGUUACCAACAGCUUGGUAAAUCUGCAACAAUGUCGAGAAUCUUCACCUUCUGGAUGCUUGCCAUAUUCGUUCAGGUUUCUCAGGCCGCCACACUGAAGUUUGAAAAAGAAUCUCUUCAGAUUACGACGGAUACUCAAGGUCCUAGUUUCAUAUGUAAGAAAGGGGAGUGUAAGCUGUGCGGUAAUUCCAGCAAAACAGACACGGUUUGCAUUGUGGCAACUGAUAAGGGCGGGAGAAUUCAUAUAAAGCUGACCUUGAAUGACAAGUCGUUGGUAGAAGGGGAUAUAUCAGGACCUGGAACUCGGUCCAUUUGUUCUCGUAAGAAUCCCAUACCUAACGUAGAGGAAAUAUGUAUUAUCCCGAAAGAUGUGGACAUCGCAAAACUGCACUCUUGCCUCGAUGUUUCUGUUAAGGUAAAGAAAACGACAAUCAGCAAAUCAAUUGGCUGUUUCACUAUUCCGAAAAAGAACUUUCUAGAUCGCAUCGUUGGUGAAGCGAUAUUUCCAUCAAUGAUAUCAGUAGUAUACUAAGCUUUGAUGCAUCCCCUGAAACCGUUGACGAUGGCAUUUACGGAAGCACCAUCUGCCAUAAGGGAAUAUGCAGAAUGUGUAAAACUUACAAGCAUCAUGAAGCGUGUGUAAUUGCAAAGGCCCUACACAACGGGAUGGAAGUAAAAGUAGUUUCGAGCAAAUUUGUUCUUGUCCAAGGGAAGAUAACAAACAAUACGGAUGUCUCCUUCUGUAAGCAGUACCCUGAACUCAAGGCCAUUUGCAUUGUUGCAUGGAACAUCAGUCUGAAAAAUAUGUCAGCCUGCGUCAACAUCUCAGUUCAAUUUAAAGACAAAACCUACAACGACGCAUGGGGCUGUUUCAAAAUACCAAACAAAGCUGACGAAUUGCAGACGUUUGAAACUUUCGACUCAGAGGACAUCGAUGCGGUAACGGAUUCAUUCGGCUCUGACGACGGUGAUGACGAGUCUGAUACUAUCGAGUUAGACGAAAUCAGUAUGUUUGGAGGAGAGAACAAUGAUCCUUCGACAAGGCUUCAGAGAGCCAUGCUGACCUUUUUGAAAGGUUUGCAGGAGCAAACAGCAAUGUAGAGAAGACGUAUUAUUUUGACGUCCAGUUUGAUAUUAUAGAAUCAAACCAAGACUCUAGACUGCUGUGUUCAUACUUUGUCUAGACUGCUGUGUUCAUACUUUGUCUAGACUGCUGUGUUCAAACUUUGUCUAGACUGCUGUGUUCAUACUUUGUUGUUUUUGUUCUCCCCAUUAGACCUUUUUCAAAAAUGUAGUCGUUAGCUUGCAAUCACUCUGCAGCUGGUAGUCAAUGAAUGUUUACGUUAUACGUCCUUUUUGAUAUUAUUCGCGCAUACCGAGACUCAAGACUGCUGUACUUGUAUAUUAGGGUUCCUAUAACACCUUUUUUCAACAAUUUAGUCGUCUGCUACCAAUCACUCUGAUAGUCAAUGAGUGUUUAUGAUGAACGUCCAGUCUGAUAUUGUUAAAUGACUCUGAGAUUGGAGACUCCCAUGUGUAUACUAUUGUUAUAUGUUGUGUUUCCUAUAAGGUAUUCUUAAAAAUGCAUUUGACUAAGGGGAAAUAAUUAUGACAGCCUAUGAAUGUGCACGUAAUAACGCUCGUUGGAGAUGCUUUAUUUGUUAAUCGUACUAUAAUGAAUUUUGAGUGUUCUUGUAUAUUUAUAUUGUCCAAUGCCAGUGAGAUUCGAGACUCCUGUUAUAUUCUUCUUCCUAUAAGGUAUUUUACAAAUGUAUUUGACUGCGGGCAAUCAUUAGGACAGCCUGUGAAUGUGCGUGUAAUAACAUACGCUGGAGAUGCUUUAUCUAUUAAUCGUACUACAUUGCAUUUUGAGUGAUCUUAUGAAUUGUAUGACCCAUUAUAUCUGUUGGUGAUUUGGAGAUCUUAUUAUGUAAUUAAUAAAAUAAACACUCA